AUGCAGACAGACGUCAGGGCUUUCCUGGAUACCCUCAGCCAGUAUCUCAAUGCCUACGUUGGCCGCAAGCAGCAGCUGCACCUCAUCAAGGUACCAGAGUACCAGCCAUCCACAUUGAUAUCUGAAAUAGAAUAUUCAGCCAUUUCCAUAUAUUAUUCAUCUUUUGCAGAACUAAAAAUAUGCUUUUGUCUGCUCAAUGUAAGAGAGAUGUAAUAGUCUUUGAAUAAUAUAGCAUCAGAAACUUUUGUUGUGAUGGCUGUAUACAGUAUGUUAGAUUAUGCUGUUUGUUUUUCAUGGCAUUUUGAGAGCCUUGCUCAGAAAGCUCCUAUAGACAAAAUGUAUACACCAUAGUUCAGACCAGUCUUCUCCCCCUGUUUCCUGUCUGCUUCCAGGAGCUUCAUAGCUCUGUUCAGGUGAUGGAGAGCAAUACUCUCUAUACUAUACUAUACUAUACUGGUGCUGAUGUUCACUAUACCAGGAGAGAAGGCCAGGGCUGCAUUGUGCACACUGGAGUAUGCUGACCACACACGAUGUCUGCCCAACCGGGUCAACAUGGAGUCUGAAGGUAGAAUUCAUAAAUACCAUCUAGAGACUUAAUAUUAAACUACCUUUUAAGGGCUGUUGUUGAAACAACAUAGGACGGUAUGUAUAAGGCUUUUCUGGAGGAUGUUAUCUUUAGCCAUGUGCAUGCCUGUUGCUUCUGUAAAAUGAGUGAUACCUUGCUUUGUGUGUGUGUGUAGACAUCGUGCUGGCCAAUUCUCCACAAUGGAAGAAGAACCACGCCCUACUCCUGGAGACCCCGGUACACACAGCCUUGGUGACCAUUAAGAAGACAGGCAGUAUCGCUUAG